UGCUCACGUGUCUACUCCAUAAAGCCAGAAAAGAAAAACCGUAACGUAAAAUAAAAACUAGAAACCAAACACCAAAAACCCUUAGGAUCUAAAAAUCGAUCGAAAGCCGAAAGCCAAACAAUGUUUAUGUUAUUGCAACUCGGAUAAUGGAACUCACCGAUUCAAGCGAUAUUACAACUCGCUCACCUCUAUUCAUUGAUCUCAAUGAAAUUCCUUCCUCUUCUACUUCAUCUCCACCUUCCAUUGCCCGACCCGACCCCGAAUCCAACAAAAGACCGAAACCGGACGAGUUUGAUUCUCUCGACAUAGUCCGCUCCUUCCACGAGAAUCAGGACCCGGCGACAGGGAUCGCCGCUGGAUUGCCGGAGGAGGAGAAGCUACUAGUAUGCGGCGCGUGUGGGAAGCCGGAGGCGCGUGAAAAAGAUGAGGUGGUGGUUUGCGAUGGUUGUGAGCGAGGGUUUCAUUUACUAUGUGCAGGAAUGCAUGGUAAAGAAGAAGUGAUGAAGUUUUUGGAUUGGAUAUGUGGAGACUGUGUUAAUAACGGUAUUAAGAGUAAACGAUGGCCAUUAGGUGUUAAUAAGAGUAAGAAAAUGAUUUUGGAUAUUAACGCUUCUCCUCCCAGCGAUUGUGACGGUGAUGGUGAUGGUGACGAGGAGCGUGCUUAUUUGAGGAAGCACGCUCUGGGUGAUAAUUCUUUCAGUGGAAAUACAUUUGGUGCCCCAGUGGCAUACUCUAACCGUUUGUAUGUGGGGAAUGGAUUUGGUCCUUUUGACUUUAGAAAAGCUUCUGGGCUUAUGAUGAAGGCUUUCAAGGUGGGUGUUGAAGAUAUAUUGCAUCAUGCACAGACUGUGGAUAGAAGUUUAGAGGAGAUAGAUUUAGGUUUCCCUCUAGGAAGGUUUAGGAGUAGUAACAGUACAGCCAAUAAAUUACCAUCACGAAGUCCAAAUGAGAUUCUUCUGCAGGGUCUUAGAGAAUUCAUUUCUGAAAGGCAUGGCAUAUUGGACGAAGGUUGGCAUGUAGAAUUAAAAAAUUCCGUGAGUGGUUGUGAAGUAUUUGUAGCCUAUUGUUCUCCAGAUGGGAAGACAUUUGGUUCAAUGGCUGAGGUUGCUUGUUAUCUUGGGCUGACACCUAGUACUAGAAGUGAUGGGUCUCCUUCUUUGCAAGAAAGGUUGCAUUUACCCAAAAAGAGAAAGACAAAGAGAUUUUCACUUGCCAAUGGUUAUGCUGAAACUAAACAAGCUUUGAUAAAUGGCUAUCACAAGGGGCUGUUGUCCAAUGGUCAAAGCAUAGAAAUUGGUGAUUCUAAGUUUGGUAAAGUUACGGAAGCUAAUAUGGAAGAAGAGGAUAUUGCCAAGUCUCUGCCAUCAGAUGAAGGACUUCCUCUCCAGUUUGAAGAUUUCUUUGUUAUAUCUUUGGGAAAAAUUGAUGGGAGACCUUCAUAUCAUGGUCCUCAGCUGAUUUGGCCUGUAGGUUAUAGAUCCUGUUGGCAUGACAGAGUUACUGGUUCUCUUUUCAUAUGUGAAGUGUUGGAUGGUGGUGAUUCUGGACCUAUCUUUAAGGUCAGGAGGUUUUCUUGCUCAUCCAUACCUAUUCCUGUUGGUUCAACAAUCUUAUAUAGAAGAAAUCCUUACCAGUUUGCUGGUCAAAACAGCAAAGAGUAUAAUGAUGUAAUUAAUUAUGAUAUGGACCGCGACAAUGAUGGCAGUAUUGAGAUGAUUCUUGCAGAUAGUUCCCCACCAACAGAAGAUGAUAUUAUGACUUGCCUUAGCUAUACUUCAAAAAAAGUUUGCGAUGUUCGGACGUCAGACUGCUUGCAGCGUAGUUCCCUUCAUAACAGGUGUGGAGACCUUUCAUCCUAUAAUUUAGGUUCAGAAGAUGAGAUUGGUGAUUUCUCAGUGGAAGAACGUUCAUCAUCUUCUGCUUGGAGAUUGGCGUCUCAGAAAUUAAUUGAUGUUUACUCUGAAAUAUGUAAGCAGAAAGGUAUUCUUAAGUUAUACUGCAAGCAUGUUGAUAAUAAAAUGGGGUCAUCGACUUGGGAUAUUGAGGAUAAGAGGAGUAUAAUAAGUUUUGCUUCAUUGGCCAAAUUUUGCAGUUCCCCCAGCUUGGUAGGCAUCCCAUUCGAAUACCAGGUUGAGGUUGAUAAUUUGGCUACUGCCCUGUCAAAAUGGUUGGAUCAGGACAGAUUUGGGCUUGACACAGAUUUUGUGCAAGAAGUUAUAGAACAGCUCCCUGGUGUUGAUGCAUGUUCAAAGUAUGAAUUUCUAGCUAAUAGAAGUAAUUAUUCUGUCUCCUUGACAGUCGGAAAUGGACUCUUAUCAGCUAAAAGGAAAGAUGCAGCAGAGUUAGAUGAGUCAUUUCAAAGAUGCAAAAAACCCAGACUAGGAAAAGACCAUGAGACAGAUGAUCGUUAUCUACCUCCAGGGAGGCUAUUAUGCUCUAAGAUUCCACCUAUCCUUGUUGGUGACUUAUAUCAGGUAUGGGAGUUAUUAUGGCGAUUCCAUGAAAUAUUGGGUUUGGAAGAGCCUUGGUCAUUAAGGGAACUUGAAGAAGAGCUUGUCAAUCCUUGGUUUGAUUGUGCAAGUCUUUCAAAGAAUCUUCAAAGGAAGGUCAGUGGAAGUCAAGUAAUACAUAUAGAUAAAGCUGAUGGAACGAGUGGACCGAUCUCUUCUCCCUGCCAAGAACCGUUGAAGGCUGUUAGUGAGGAUACUACACAUGUGUUCAUACAAGUGGAAAAAGGAGGGACCAACGAAUCAGUACAAUAUGGAUUUGCAUCUGGCACUCAGAGCAAAUGCUGUGAUGUAACAUUAACAGAGGUUCACGGUUCACUGCUGUCUGUGCUAAUUAGAGAACUGCAGGCCAAAGUUGCUGUUCUUGUUGAUCCGAAUUUUGACUCUGGAGAAUUAAAAUCAAAGCGUGGAAGGAAGAAAGAUGUUGACAGCUCAACUCUGAUUAGAAGAAGUAAGUGUAAUACUCUUCCUAUUAAUGCUUUGACUUGGCCAGAAUUAGCUCGGAGAUAUAUUUUGGCCGUCUUGUCCAUGGAGGGUAAUCUUGACUCUACUGAGAUUACUGCUCGUGAAAGUGGUAAAGUGUUUCGCUGCUUGCAAGGUGAUGGUGGCGUGCUUUGUGGCUCACUUUCGGGAGUUGCAGGGAUGGAGGCAGAUGCACUUCUGCUUGCAGAGGCUACAAGGCAAAUUUAUGGUUCAUUGAUGAGGGAAAAUGAUGUUCUUAUCAUAGAGGACGAAGUGACUGAUGCAAGUGAUUCUUGUGAGAAGAACAGUGUGAAGGAUGGUAAUAUUCCAGAGUGGGCACAGAUGCUAGAACCUGUUAGAAAGCUACCCACCAAUGUUGGGACUAGAAUCAGAAAGUGUGUUUAUUUAGCAUUGGAGAAAUGUCCUCCAGAAUGGGCAAAAAAGAGAUUAGAGAAUUCAAUUAGUAAGGAAGUCUACAAGGGCAAUGCAUCAGGUCCUACUAAGAAAGCUGUUCUUUCAGUGCUAGCAGAUGUAUUGGGUGAAGGAUUGUCUCAGAAAUCCAAUAAUAGAAAUAAAAGAAAGAUUACUGUCCCUGUAUCUGACAUCAUUAUGAAACAAUGUCGCAUUAUACUGCGUCAUGCUGCUGCUGCGGAUGAUGCAAAAGUUUUCUGCACUUUACUGGGAAGAAAUCUAAUAAAUUCUUGCGACCAUGAUGAUGAGGGGCUUCUUGGAUAUCCAGCCAUGGUUUCCCGACCUCUAGAUUUUAGGACCAUUGAUUUGAGAUUGGCAGUUGGAGCAUAUGGCGGAUCACAUGAAUCUUUUCUUGAGGAUGUUCGAGAGUUAUGGAACAAUGUACGAACUGCAUUUAGGGAUCAGCCUGACGUGAUUGAAUUGGUUGAGACACUGUCACAAAAUUUUGAAUCACUGUAUGAAAAGGAGGUGGUCACUCUCGUUCAGAAAUUUGAAGAAUUUGCGAAAUUGGAUCGUCUGAGUGCAGAAACUAAAAAAGAUUUAGAUAUAGUUUUGGCAUCAACAAAUGAGAUCCCGAAAGCUCCUUGGGAUGAAGGUGUCUGCAAAGUAUGCGGUUUUGAUAAGGAUGACGACAGCGUUCUAUUAUGUGAUACAUGUGAUGCUGAGUAUCAUACUUAUUGCUUAAAUCCUCCACUUGCAAGGAUUCCUGAAGGAAACUGGUAUUGUCCGUCUUGUGUUUCUGUACGUAUGGUUCAAGAGGCAUCAGUUAGUACUCAGGUCAUUGGCCAAACUAGCUGUAAAAAGUAUCAGGGGGAAAUGACCCGUAUUUACUUGGAGACUCUUGUUCAUUUAGCAUCUGCAAUGGAAGAAAAAGAUUAUUGGGAUUUUGGCGUAGAUGAGCGCACCUUCCUUCUUAAGUUUCUUUGUGAUGAAUUGCUCAACUCAGCUCUUGUUCGUCAGCACCUUGAGCAGUGUAUGGAAAGUACAGCUGAAGUGCAGCAGAAAUUGCGUACAUUAUAUGCUGAAUGGAAAAACCUCAAGUCCAAGGAAGAAUUUAUGGCUCUGAAAUCUGCAAAGAUGGGUACUGGUGCAUCUGGUGAAGUAAAGGAAGGGCUUGUUUCUGCAUUAAAAGAUCAGGGGAAAUCUGUUGGACAGCCACCUGUUUUGGGUGAUAAGCCUAGCGACUGUUGUGCCCCCUCUGAUGAUGUAUCUGCAGUAGAUGGAAGUCCAGAGGGAAAUGGAAUUAAUGGCUUUGAUAAACACCCUUCUGAAAUAAAUUAUGAGAAGAAGCCUAGUCACGACAGCCAGAACAUUGAUUCUACCAAUAACCAUGGCCCAGUGAAAGAUAUGCAUGAUGCCAUGGAGGGCAGCAAUGACCCUUCUAAAGAAAACAGUAAACCCUUGGGACCAAGUCAGUUGCCUUUAUCAAAUCAUUCAACAGAAAUAGAUCAGAUGGAUGAAGCUCCCUGCGAGGGUAGUCUGCAAACAUAUAUGGAGAGGGACUCUUCAACUCUUCAGCCACCUUCAGAUCAUCCAGGAUUUUCUCUCUCAUCAGACAUGAACGCUCUUGUUGUUUUGAAUUUGCCGUCUGUUACUAUGAAUGAGUCACAAGCCUACCAUACUGAUGUGAGCGCCAUAAAGGAUGACAUUCUUCGUCUGCAGAAUUUGAUUAGCAGCAUGGAGUCGCAACUUUCGAAACAGUCUUUGCGGAGGGAGUUUCUGGGUAGUGAUUCCAGAGGUCAUUUAUACUGGGCUUCAGCAACACCUAAUGGGCAUCCUCAAAUUGUGGUGGACAGGAGUUUGACAUUUCAGCACAGGAAAAUAUCACAUCACAGGCUGGGCAAUAGUUCAGUGCUGCAGCAUUCUUCUUCAUCUGGCAUAGACGCUUGUUUGAAUUUGGAGGGUUCAAGAGCUUGUUUUCCGUUCCUGUUUAACCCAAAUGGUACUUUGUCUAUGAGUUCAGCAUGGGUUUCAUAUGAAACUGAUGCAGAGAUUGAGGAGCUUAUUGGCUGGUUGGGGAACAAUAACCAGAAGGAAAUUGAGCUGAAAGAGUCAAUUAUGCAAUGGCUAAAGCUAAGAUUCCAAGAGAGUCAAAGGAUUAGAGACCCAGUUCAGGAAGAAUGCCGAGCUGGUUUGUCAACAAUCAGGAACAAUGAUCAAACUGCAUUUUCUAAUUGUCUUACCAAGGCUACCUUGCUUCUGGAGAAGAAUUAUGGUGCCUUUGUUGAAUUAGACACCAGUGACAUGUUGAAGAAACGAGGAAAGAAGACCAGAGGUACCAAUGAAGAGAAGACAUACCGCUGUGAUUGUUUAGAGCUGAUUUGGCCCUCCAGAAACCAUUGUUACUCUUGCCAUAGAACAUCCUCCAAUGAUGUGGAAUUUGAGGGGCAUAGUGAUGGUAGGUGCAGUUCAGUUCCACAAUCCCGUGAGAAAAGUGAAGAAACUAAUGACUCUUUAAAAGGAAGGGGGAAUGUGAAAGCUGAGGUCACUUGGAAAGAGAAAAAAAGUGAAAUAGACAAGCUUCAUUCUUCCAUGGGUGGUCUGUCUGAGCUUCGUGCAAGGUUGAUUAAGUUUCAAAAUGAAGGGAUAAAUUGUCCCUAUGACCUUUUAGACAUAUGUUCCAAGUUUGUUACUGAAGAUUCCAACAAAGAAUUGGUGCAGGAUAUUGGUCUUAUUGGGUCAAAUGGGAUUCCCCCAUUCGUCACAUCCAUUUCUCCAUACCUCAGUGAUUCCAUCUCUGUGUUGAUAUCACCUGAGAAUAAUACUAGAAUUCCAGGUGAUGAGUGUAAUGUUGAUGAGAGGCAGGUAUUUCCACAAGGCAACUGGAAUGAAAACCGUGCAGUUCUUCAGAGCUCAUCUGACAAUUCUACCAGGAAAACUUCUAUAAAUGAAAUUGGCGAAGUAUUAAAAACCAAUAAGCCUCCUUUGGGAUGCUUGCAACGAAGGGGGAAAAAGUCCUCUUUAGGUAAAUGUUUCCCUGAGAUGGGACCUGGUUGCUGCUGUGUAGUUCCAGAGUCUUCAUUAAUGCCAUUAGUUGGUAAAGUUUCAAGUAUCUUAAGGCAACUAAAGAUCAAUUUGCUUGACAUGGAAGCUGCACUUCCUGAAGAAGCCUUGAGACCAGCAAAGGGACAGUUGGGAAGGAGGUGGGCCUGGCGUGCGUAUGUUAAAUCUGCAGAGUCAAUAUAUCAGAUGGUCCGAGCAACAAUUAUGUUGGAGGAGAUGAUUAAGACAGAGUAUUUGCGGAAUGAGUGGUGGUAUUGGUCGUCACUUUCUGCUGCUGCCAAAACUUCUACAGUUGCAUCCCUAGCUCUACGUAUAUAUUCCCUUGAUGCUUGCAUUGUGUAUGAGAAGAACUCCAAUUCAGAUCCAAGCGUGAAUUUGAAGCUUAGCAGCUUAGUCAACCAGAAGCCUGUCAAUGACAUGGAUUUGGUAGAAAAAUGCAGGGUAACCAGGAAAUCUAACAAGAAGAGGAAAGAACCCGAAGGCUGACCUUGGGAUAUGCAGUAUUGGAAUUAAUGGGGAAAUUUUGAUUGGCUUUGUAAUUGAAUCCAGAAAUAUGGAUGAGGGCAGCAGGAUAGCGUUGUUGGAGUCAUGGUAUCAAAAUGACAAUGUUGAUUGAAUUUGCUCAGAUGGACCUCUGCUGCCAAUUUUGCCACUGCUGAUUCUUGUGCAUGUAUAUAUACACAAGGCUGACGUGCUAACAGAUGGUGGGUUGUGAAGCUGAGCUUGUAGAAUUAUCUGCUUCAAAAUCGAAAGCACAGAGGGGAUCAGUAGAUUAACAAACAAUUUCCCAAUUUUGAACUGAUUUGGGCUGCGAUUUUCAUUUUACGGCUUGGAAAAUGAAAUGGAAAGAUGUUUUCUUGUCAGAGGAAGUUCCAUAUUCAUACAUGGACAAACAUGAUGUAAAAAGGGAGUAAAUUAAAUAGGAAAGAAAUGGAAAAGAUUUAUAACAAAGUAGAUUUAGGCAAUAAUUCAUUCUUUAUAGAUUUCAAUUUGUCUCUCUUAUAUGUUACAUAUCAGGGAGGAAUAAAAUUCAAGCACCUUGCGGUGGUUUCUCUUC